AUGGCCGUCCCUGCCCGACUCCUGCUCCUGGCAUCGGCUGUGCCUUUGGGUGAGCUGAGUGGCCUGGCCCGGGGUGAGGGUGGUGGUGGACCCUCUGCUGGCCCUUCAGGGACCCCUCUUGAGUGCCUGGUGUGCUGUCCAGGGGAGCAGGACGGGGCUGGGAGGGGAUCAGUGACGAGUCCCCUCUACCCUUGCACAGGUCUGGGCUCGUGGGGUGUGUCCAGCCCAGGCUCGGUGGCUGGUGUGCAGGGCUCUUGCCUCCUGGUCCCCUGCAUCUUCACCUUCCCGAAAGAUGUCGAGGUCCCCUCCUCCGGCAUCACGGCCAUCUGGUACUAUGACAUGGCGGGCAGCAAGAAGAUGGUGAUUCACUCUGAGAAGCCUGAGUUGGUGGAUGCCAAGUUCAGAGGACGGGCACAGCUGCUGGGGCAGGUGUUGCGGGGAACUUGCAACCUGCUGCUCCAGGACCUGCGGCCCGAGGAUUCGGGCACCUAUAACUUCAGGUUCGAGAUCAGCGAAGGCAACCGCUGGACGGACAUCAAAGGCACCAAGGUCACCGUCACAGUCCAGCCUACUGUGCCCACCAUCGCGUCGCCAGCCACGCUUCUAGAAGGCACCCAGGUGGUCUUCAACUGCUCCACGCCCUACGCCUGCCUCAAGGACCCCGUGAGGCUGCAGUGGCAAGGCCAAGACCCCGAACGCUCUGUCAUCUCUGACCUCCAUAACCUAGACCCCGAGGGGGUCAGUCACACCGAGACACUCCGCAUGGCGCUGUCCUGGCAGGACCAUGGCCGGGUCCUGAGCUGUCAGCUCUCCUUGGGCAAGCACAGGGCCCAGGGCGAAAUCCACCUGCAAGUGCAAUAUGCCCCCAAGGGCGUAGGGGUUCUCCUCAACCCCUCAAAUCAGAACAUUGUCCCGGGGGAUCUGGUCACCCUCACCUGCCAAGUGAACAACAGCUACCCUGCGAUCAGCUCCGUGCAAUGGACCAGGGAUGGCCAGUUGCUCUCAGCCAAGGGGCCAGUGCUGCAGCUGCCUCAGGUGACCUGGAAUGAUUCUGGGGUCUACACCUGCAAAGCGGGGAAUGCUGUGGGCUCUUCUGUCUCGCCCCCCAUCAACCUUCAUGUCUUCAUGGCUGAGGUCCAGGUGAGUCCCAAAGGCAUCAUCAUGGAGAACCAAACAGUGACUCUGGCCUGCGGGGUGCCCCGAAAGGGGACCACUACAACUGAGAUCCGCUACAACUGGUACAAGAACCAGCAGCCCUUGGAAGAUGCCCACAGCACCACCUUACGACUGCACCCCGUCAGCCGUGCCGACACAGGCUUCUACUUCUGCGAGGUGUCCAACGCCUGGGGCCGGGAGCGCUCUAAGCCGGUCAGCCUAGUGGUCAGCUACCCGCCUCUCACCCCAGUCCUGACGGCAUUUCUGGAGACGCAGGGGACACCUGUGGGCCUCCUUCACUGCUCUGUGACCAGUGAGCCCCAGGCCACAUUGGUGCUGUCCCACAAAGGCCUGGUCCUGGCUUCCUCCUCUGAGAUGGGCUUCCAGAGCUCACGCUUCAGCAUCUCCUCUGCGCCCAAUUCUCUGCGUGUGGAGAUCCGGGAUCUGCAGCCCAAGGACAGUGGGGAGUAUCAGUGUGUGGCCACUAACUCCCUGGGAAAUUCCUCCUCCACCCUGGACUUCCAUGCCCUGGGAGCUCGUGUCCUCAUCAGCCCAGCCACGGAAGUGGUGGAAGGGCAGGCGGUGACUUUGAGCUGCCAGAGUAGCUUGCCCAUGACGCCUGACACCAGUUUCUCAUGGUACCGGAAUGGAGUCCUGAUUCUCAAGAGCCCCAGCAGCAGCCUCCAGCUCCCGGCGGCCACCAGCACUGACGCUGGCUCCUACCACUGCCGACCCCAGGAUGGCCACAGUGCCAGCGAACCCUCCUCAGCUGCUGUCCUCACUGUGCUCUAUGCCCCGCGCAGGCCCAUCCUCACUGCCCAGCUGGAUCCCGAGGCCAAAGUGAUCGGAAGACGCCGAGGGCUCCUACUGUGCCGCGUGGACAGCGACCCACCCGCGCGGCUGCGGCUGCUCCACGGCCACCGCGUCAUGGCCUCUUCCCUGCCCUCGUGCAAGGGCUGCUCCCCACGCCUGAAGGUCACCCGAAGCCCCAACCUACUCCGCGUGGAGAUCAUGGACCCAGUGCUGGAGGACGAGGGUGUGUACUUGUGUGAGGCGGCCAACGACCUGGGCAACUCAUCUGCUUCGGCCACCUUUGAUGGCCAGGCCACUGUCUUGUUCAUCACACCGAGUCCCACGCUGCAGGAGGGCAGCACAGCCAAUCUGACAUGUGUCGUGAGCAGAGACGCUGCCGAGAACCCUGCCAACUUUUCCUGGUUUCGGAACGGGCAGCUGUGGACUCAGAGCCUCCUGCCUACGGUGACCCUGCAGCCUGUGGGCAGAAGGGAUGCAGCCCUCUAUGCCUGUCGCAUCUGGGCUGAGGCUGUCAGCCAGCUUUCUGCUCCUGUCAUCCUAAGCGUGUUGUACCCCCCCGGCCCACCCAAGCUGUCAGCUUUCCUAGAUAUGGACCAGGGACACACGGCCGUGUUUGUCUGCACUGUGGAGAGUCAGCCCCAGGCCCAAUUGGCUCUGUUCCAUGGGGACAGCCCUCUGGUCACCAGCCUGCAGUCACCACUCCCGGCCAGUAGUCGCUUUCAGGCCAAAGCCACGGCCAACUCCCUGCAGCUAGAGAUCCAUGAGCUGGGCCUUGAGGACUCGGGCAGCUACCGCUGUGAGGCCACAAAUGUCUUGGGGUCGGCCAAUACUUCGCUCUUCUUCCAAGUCCGAGGGGCCUGGGUGCACGUGUCCCCUUCGCCAGAACUCCAGGAAGGCCAGACUGUGGUCCUGAGCUGCCGGACACCCAUGGGGAUCCCAGCAGGAAGCUCAUAUCACUGGUAUCGAGAUGGCCGCCUCCUUCAGGACUCCACCUCGGCCACACUCAGUUUUGCUGCCAUCAGUGCGAGGCAGGCUGGAGCCUACCACUGCCAAGUGCAGGCCCCAACAUCUGCCACCACCAGCCUAGCCACGCCAGUCAGCCUCCAUGUGACCUAUGCCCCGCGCCAGCUGGCAUUCACCACCCUGAUGGACACAGGCCCAGGGCGCCUGGGCCUUCUCCUGUGCCAAGUGAACAGCGACCCUCCGGCCCAGCUGCGUCUGCUCCAGGGGGACCAUCUUGUAGCCUCCACUCUGAAGGGGCUGGAAAAACCUGCUGACCACUCCCCCAUGCUUCAAGUGACUGUGACCCUCAAUGCAUUGCGCCUGGAGAUCCACAACGCGACUCUGGAAGAUGAGGGCGUCUAUACCUGCCAGGCCAGCAAUUCCCUGGGCCAGGUCUCGGCCUCAGCCAACUUCGAUGCCCAGGCUGUGAGUGUGCAGAUAUGGCCCCAGCCAGCUAUACAGGAGGGACAGCCGGCGACCCUGACCUGCCAGGUGUGGACCAGCCAGCCAACCCAGCUCAACUACACCUGGUACCAGGACGGGCAUCAGCGACCAGGUACCCGCUUCAUCUCCCUGCUGAACGUCACGGUGGUGGACGCUGCCUCCUAUAGCUGUGGAGUGGCCAGCCCUGGCCGGGCCCCACGCCUCUCCAGGCCUGUCGCCCUGGACGUCCUCUAUGCCCCCCGGAACCUCCGCCUGACCUCUCUGUUGGAGAGUCAGGGUGGGCCACUGGCCCUGGUGCAGUGCACAGUGGACAGUCGCCCACCCGCCCAGCUGGCCAUCAGCCGUGCUGGCCGUGUCCUGGCCUCCUCCACUGCAGCCUCCAGCCCCAACUCCCUUCGCCUGGAGCUGUGGGAGCGGGGACCCCGCCAGGAGGGCCUCUACAGAUGUUCUGCUCACAACCCCCUGGGCCAGGCCAAUACAUCCCUGGAGCUGCAACUUGAGGGUGUGCAGGUGAAGCUGGCCCCCUCAACUACUGUGACCGAGGGGACCCCUGUCACAGUGACCUGUGAGGACCCGGCUGCCCUGCCACCCACCCUCUACACCUGGUAUCACAAUGGCCGAUGGUUGCAAGAGGGGCUCGAAACUGCCCUCUCCUUCCCCAGGGCCACUCGGGCUCACGCUGGUGCCUACACAUGCCAGGGACAGGAUGCCCAGGGCACCCGAAGUUCCAGACCCGCUGCCCUGCAUGUACUCUAUGCGCCUCGAGACGCCGUCCUGUCCUCCUUCCAGGACUCCAGAGUCAGCCCCGCAGCCCUGGUUCAGUGCACGGUAGACAGCGAGCCCCCUGCUGAGCUAACCCUGUCCCGCCAAGGCAGGGUGCUGGCCACCAGCCACGGGGCCCCUGGUGAGGUGGCAGACAUAGGCCAAGUCCAGGCGGCCCGUAAUGCCCUGAGGCUGCAGUUGCACGACACGCCCUUCGGGGAUGGGGACACAUUCGUGUGCACGGCCCGAAACCCACUGGGCUCCAUCAGCACUACCAGGCAGCUGCAGGUGGAAGGUGUGCGUGUGGUGGCAGAGCCAGGGCUGGACGUGCGGGAGGGCACAGUGCUGAACCUGAGCUGUCACUUGCCUGGUGGCCCAGAGCCCGGGGCCAACUCCACCUUCUCCUGGCUCUGGAAUGGCCGGCAGCUGCACACGGGGCCCCUGCCCAUCCUCGGCUUCUCCCGCGUGGCCCGAGGCCAGGCCGGCGUGUACCAAUGCCGGGCAGAACAUCCAGCUGGGACCACCACGUCUGCUGCCGUCCUGCUCCGAGUGCGCUACCCUCCGGAUACGCCCACCAUGACGGUCUUUGUAGAGCCUGAACGUGGAGGCCAGGGCAUCCUAGACUGCCGAGUGGACAGCGAACCCCUGGCCAACCUCACCCUCCACCUUCGGGGUCAGCUGGUGGCCGCCAGCCAGCCCUGGGGCACCCCUGCCCAGCCUCACAUCCGUGUCUCCGCGUCCCCCAAUGCCCUGAGGGUGGACAUGGAGGCUCUGAAGCCCAGUGACCAGGGGGAGUACGUGUGCUCAGCCUCCAAUGCACUGGGCUCCGCCACCACCAAGGCCUACUUUGGAACCAGAGCUCUGCAGCGCCUGCGCCUGUUCCAGUGGCUACUCUGGGGCCUGGGGCUGCUGGCGGCUCUCUUGUUGCUACUACUGGUCCUGGGGGUCUGCUACACAUGGAGGAGGAAAUUUUCCAAUCAGCUGAGUGUGGGUGAAAAUUCGGUGGAGAUGACAUCUCAGAAGGAGAUGAUGCAGCUCUUGGAUCCCGCGGCAACCUCAUCCAGUUCUUCACUGUUCAGCUGAUUCAGGGGGUUGCCUGCCCUCAGAAGGAAAUGGAAGCUGCAAUCUCUGAGGACUCCCAGGAACAAAAC